CCGAGCAAGGGGAUCUGUGAUCGAAAACGACCCUCGCGCCCCAUGUGUUCCGCGUGUUCCGGUGGCACAGGGAGCAAGCACCCUUGACCGCUAGAUCAAACGCCGCAGACAUAUUUCUUGCGCGCUUCAGCUUUCUUCUUCUUGGGCGAGUGGUAUGGUACAUCUGACGCAUCGAUCCUGGCGGGCCGACAUGCAAGUGGCAAACACAAGCGCACCCUCUUGUGAAAGGUAUAUGAGCAGCGCAAGAAGCAUUUAAACUUAAAGCUUCCGCUCUCUUUAUACGACUGCUCUGUACGCUCCAGCGGAGGAAGCUUGCUUCGAUUGACGAGCAAAUGGCCCCCACACAACAAAAUAAACGCACACACAAACACGCGUGCGCGCAAACACACCGGCUUCAGUGCGCCGACGAACGCCAUGCACGGCGCUCGAGGUCUGGCUCGGCGGCAUGUUGAUGGCGUGUAUGGCCGCCUCGGCUGCCCCACAGCUGCUCGGAGAGAGGCGCUUCUCGCGCCUCUUGAUGCUUCGUGGAUGCUCGUUCAGCUGUCUGGUAUCGGAUUUUCGCAAGCUUCACCCGCCCGAAGGCUCGGCCGAGCUCUCUUCCAAUGACGGGCGGCAUUUCGACUUGGAUGCACCAUCGCCAGACCGCUCGAUCUCCAUGCAACGAGCAGUGCGCAACAAGCAUGGAAUUUGGACCGUCCCUUUGGCCGACGGCAAGAGCACCAACGUACACCCGUCUCAAAUCGCUGGCAUCCUGUUGCAUCCCGACCGCGUCUUUCCUGACUACAAGCAUCCGAGCACCGGACCGCUCUAUAAACACGGCGAGCUCCUCGCCAUCGAUCACGGCGAUGGCUCGUGGACAGCAUUUCAGCACGACAAGACGCCUUACAAAGUCUCCAAGAAGCGUCUAGAGAGAGCGCUGAGAUUACAUCCAUGGGCGCGACGCGCGACUUCAAGGCGCGUCUCGCCGCCGAGACUCGAUGGGCAUGGCUUGAAUGGGCAUUGAAUGUCGAUACAAUUCUAAGCGGUGCAGAUGG